UUGGAGCUCAGAGAGGCUCUGGCCGUGGCCGCGUCAACAGGUGCUCCUCAGACUUUUUGUUUCCCCUCCUGCCAGUCCGACCAACCUCCUUCGUACCACUUUUCUAACUUUGAAGCCCCACACACCACCGCAUCGCUGUUGUAGUUGUUGUUAUUGUUGUUGUUGUUCCUUCCUUUCCGAGCGCGCGCGCGCUCUCUCACUUUUUGAUUCCACCACCAACGAGUGACCGGAUUUUUAGUUAUUCGUGGCUGUUUUUUUUUCAGCAAAGAACUCGAAAAGGGAGAGAGAGAGAGAGAGAAACCAAAUAGGAAGAAAGUGCCGUCCGCCCAUUUGCCGAGUGACUCGAUCGCUUCCAUUUCUGUUUGUUGUUGUUCGCUUGUUCGUUUCCUUUGACGAGUUUCAAAUUGAAAAAAAGAAAAGAAAGAAAAAAUGAACCUUCUGCGACAGUGCUUUCUUAUCGAUUCAUCGGCAACACCACCAAUGCUUUUUGCGUCUUUGUAGAGAAUUUCGUUUGUUGCCGUUCGCUUUCGAUUUGAUUUGACAUAGAAGUGCGAAUUUUUGACAAAAUUUCAGCUCUCUCAACACGGCUGUCGUCUACCUGAAUCUGCACCGAAUUCGAUCGCCAAGACAACAAGGCCCAAGCGACUUUCUCCCUCGACUUGGCGUCUCACUUUUGUGCAAUUUGGCGUGGAAUUAAUUUGUUCAGAGCCGCGAGGAGCCGCCGUUGAAACGUCACCACCACCACCUCCUGCCUUCAGCCUUUCUCUGCAUCUGCCUUUGCGCCUUUGAUUGAGGACAACGCCAGGGAAUUGUUUUCUACUGUUACUGUUGCUGCUGCUGCCAUAUUUACCCCUCCGUAUCCCGUUAGAAUCAUGUCUUAUACCAGGAUUUAUCUCGCUGUGGCUUUCCUCUACCUUGCCACAGUCCAGUUGCCCUUCUCCGCUGCCAAUAAUCAAGUUCACCAUGACAUGACGCCCGACGAACUGCGGCGGGUAUUUCACGUAGACUCUCACGACCAAGUACCAACAUAUGAAGUCAUCAAUUUGCGAUCGAGAGUACGGCGCGACGCUGAGCGGGAUAUCCGCCACGUCGAUUUAUCCGCAUUCGGCACACGAUAUAACUUACGAUUGGAACGAAACGAACAGCUGCUUCGUGGUGGCAACAAGGUUCGAGUUUGGGUGGCCGAUUCUCCAUCCACCGAUGAAUUUGGUGGGAACCGAACGGGUUCUACCCAAUUUGGAGGAAUCACUCUGGAAGAGCUGCCUCAGGACGAUGAUGUCGGUACCGUCUACCAGGAUGAGGACACGAUGGCAGCGGUGCUAGUCAACCACGACGCCGAAGAUGACGCCCUCAUUUUGGACGGAACUAUCGGGAGUGAAUUGGUCAUCCGCCCACUACCUGUCAAGCAUCGCAAACUGCAACAGAAAUCCGCCGGAGUUCAGCUGCAGAGCGGCUCGCACGACGACGAGAUGUUCAUGGACGAAGAGGAUUUCCGUUCGGCUGAUUUCAUGACCCCGUCACCGCCGUCGACGCUGCCCCCGGCCAACGACACCGAGAAUGCCUUAAUCCGCAAAAAGCGCUCGCUGUACGACCUGAAACACAGCGUUGGUUCUCACGUCGUUUACAAGCGCGCCGCUAUCCAAUCCGACGACGAUUAUGCGUUUAUGGAAAUGGACUUGCCUCCAACGGGGAAGUCUCAGCGAAUGCCUCGUACGAAGCGCAGCGCUCCGCCGACCAUCUAUCCUGAAAUUCUCGUGAUCGUCGACUACGACGGCUACAGGUUGCACAACGGCGACAACGCUGAGAUCAAGAAAUAUUUCGUCUCCUUCUGGAAUGGAGUCGACCUCCGCUACAAGUUGCUAAAGGGACCUAAAGUGCGCAUCAGCAUCGCCGGCAUCAUCAUCUCCAGGGGACGAGAUGCGACUCCUUAUUUCGAGAAGAACCGUGUCGGACGCAACGCCAUCGACUCGACAGCCGCUCUGACUGAUAUGGGAAAGUACCUGUUCCAAGAGAGGCGCUUGCCCGUUUACGACAUCGCCGUUGCAAUAACCAAGUUCGACAUGUGCCGACGUCGUAAAAGCGGCCGCUGUGCAAACGGCACCGCCGGAUUUGCCUACGUUGGAGGAGCCUGUGUCGUUAACAAGCGUCUCGAGAAAGUCAACAGCGUAGCCAUCGUCGAGGACACUGGUGGAUUCUCCGGCAUCAUCGUCGCUGCUCACGAAGUCGGCCAUUUAUUGGGCUCUGUUCACGACGGUUCCCCGCCACCGAGUUACCUGGGAGGACCUGGCGCUCAGCGCUGCCGCUGGGAAGACGGUUAUAUCAUGAGUGACUUGCGACAUACUGACCGUGGUUUCAAGUGGUCCUCUUGCAGCAUUGCUCAAUUCGACCAUUUCCUCAAUGGAGAGACGGCCACCUGUCUGUUCAACAGCCCUCAUGAGGACGCUGUACUUCCCCGUGUGUUGCCUGGAAAACUGCUCAGCCUUGAUGCCCAGUGCCGUAUGGAUCGAGGCACAUCUGCCUGCUUCAAAGACGAUCGUGUCUGCGCUCAGCUGUUCUGUUUCGACGCUUCGUCUGGUUACUGCGUCUCAUACAGACCGGCAGCAGAAGGCUCUUCUUGUGGUGACGGACAGAUCUGCAAUAACGGAAGAUGCAUCGUCGAGAACGAAAAUGCCAUUCCUGACUAUGCCGAGGACAUCGGUCUCAAUUCCUUCUUGAAAAGAACCGACACCAUCUUGGCAGCCACUGAAGCCAAGCCGUUCUAUUCUGGAGGAGUAGCUUCAACAGCUCACGUCUUCAAUCCUACUACCCCCAAAACAACGACAACCACUACCAAAGCGACAACGAUAACAACAAGAGCGACAACAACCACAGCUAAAGCAACAACAACAGCCACCACGACAACUACAACUUCAAAACCUUUAAUUACGACCGUUCCGUGGUGGCACACAAGUUCCAAGAGCUCCACGCCAUCAACGAGGUGGUGGAACAAUUGGACCAAACGAUCGACCCCGUCGUCGGUAGACCCGCAGGUGACCAACACCCAGCCUGCGGCCUCUUCGCUUUCACUGGCACCUUCGACAAUUCCGGCCACGACCGCCGUCACUACACCACGCCCUACGAUUAGCGUCACGAGGUUCCGCCCGACCACUACAUCCACCACUACUACCACAACGACCACUACACCAAGAACAACAUCACGCACAACUGCCGCUCCUAGCCCAGUGUCCAACAAAUUUUCCAGUUCUGGUGUUAACGAAUUAUGCGAGGAUAGAAUAACCAAGAUUGCUGGGUCCAUGUCCUGCCAAGACUUCCUACAGCGCUACGGUUUCCAGUACUGUCGCCAGCCUUACAUCAUGAAAAAUUGUUGUGCAUCGCAGCAACGAUACUGCCCAAAUUAAAAACCCAGCGCUUGCGAUUUUGAGAAACACUUAACCAGACAAACGAAAAAAACCAGAAUAUAAAGUCGCUUCCGGCUCAGUGAUGAAACAGAGACACAACAGAAUAUAUUUGGCGUCAUUGGUCGAAGAAGAAAAUGAAAAUGAACAAAAAAAAAAGAAAAUAAACAAACAAACAAUUUAAAUAUUAUAAGACGAGGUGCGUUCACGAUCUCCGAUUUACUGGAAAUUGUCGACAGAGACUGCCGCCGCAUAAUAGUACCCAUUCGCAUAAUUCGCGUGCAUAAACAAUUAGUUCAAAGACCCCGUCUUCCAUCGUUAAUAAUGUGAUCAAGGGUCUACACUUAUUUCCGCAACCAAUGCUGUUUAUCAUGCUCGUAUCAACUAAACAGAAAAGAAACACAACAAGAUAAAUCUGAACUUAUCGCGCUGGUCUGUUCCUAAGACACGAACGUUCUUGCAAAAUGUUAUCUAACUUUGCCCUCCUCUUCGGUUGGACUCAUUGGUAUAACGGCUUGAAUAAUCGAUAAUGCUCCCACUGGAUGGUGAUGAUCAUAAACGAACGGAAUGAUUGCAAACAAACCAGUCUUGCCUGUGUGAGCUCUGAUGCCUCACUGUACAGAUGUACAGACUCCGACUUUUUUUCUGAUGUACAAGAUUUUGUGCCUCUUUGAUAGAUUGUUUUUGUUUUUCCUCUCAAUCCCUCCCCCCCCCCCUCCUCAACCCCUUUUCAAUCCCAAUUCCUCCCUCCCCAAAUACUAGACCCAUCGCUUGAUGUACGCGUGCCUUUUUUGUUGAAAACGAUCAUUUUUUAUUUGAUUUUAUUUAGUUUUUUGUGUGUGGAAUAUUACGCGGUGUUUGUGAAUCGAAUGCAAACUUUAUACGUUUGCACGGCGGGCGGUGCCGGCGUUUACCGGCUGUCUCUCGAAUAUUGUACAGUGGUUUUUGAUCUAUCUUUUUCUAGAAACAAAAAUAAUGGACGAAGGAUAUUCAAA